CCUCCCUCCCGCGGGGAAGCCUCUGAGCGCGGGCGAUUUGGAGCCCGGUGGGCGGGGAGAGGGCGGUUGGGCCAUGUCUUCCUUCCCAGCAGGGUCGGCCUGGCCCCAGAGCCUUGGCCCACUGAAAAAAGUGGAUGACUUGUUGCGUUGUGGGAUAUGCUUUGACUAUUUCAACAUUGCAAUGAUCAUUCCCCAGUGUUCACAUAACUAUUGCUCUCUCUGCAUCCGCAAGUCCCUGUCCUAUAAAGCUCAGUGUCCUACAUGCUGCAUGGCAGCUACAGGACCUGACCUGAAAAAUAACAGAAUAUUAGAUGAACUUGUACAGACUUUCACAUCUGCAAGACAACGGCUGUUCCAGGUGGUCCUAGAUUCGGCAUCAGUUCCUCCUCCAUCGCUGUUUACUAAGAAAGCUUCCAUCCAAAGCUGUAUUAUGAAUUCCCUUGUUGGUUUUGGUCCGAAGCAUGAGAAGCCUUUUACAGAUACUGUUUUGGGCAAAGGAAACAUUUGCACAUCUAAAAGCCUUUUAAAACCAUCUGAAAUUGAGAGUAAAAAUAUCAAAAUUAAUCAGGAAGAGAGUCCAUAUUGUUCUGAAGGUGGUCAUGGGACAUUUGGCCAAGUGGCGGAAAGUACAAGUCCUGUAGAAGGCACCAUGAAUCCUGAAACACCUUCCACAUCGGCAACAAAAGUUGUAUCAAAGGUGGAGUGUCCUGUUUGUGGUGUUGCUGUGCAAGAAAUGCAAAUAAACAAGCACCUUGACAACUGCUUAACACGAGAUGAGAAGAAAGAGAGUCUCCGAAGUGGUGGACACACAAAGAAGUUCUUGCCUAAAGUGGUGUACAAUUUGCUUUCUGAUCGUGAUCUGAAGAAAAAGCUGAAGGAAUAUGGGCUGUCCACCCAGGGAACAAAGCAGCAGCUAAUUAAAAGACAUCAAGAGUUCGUUCACAUGUAUAAUUCACAGUGUGAUUCCUUAAAUCCCAAAUCAGUGGCUGAAAUAGUAAAAGAGCUGGAAAAUACUGAGAAGACUCGAGUUCAGCUUGAAUCUAGUACACCUAGGGGAGAAAGCAUGACAUUUACAAAGAACCAGACGGAGAAUGAAAUAGAUGAAAUUCAUAGCAAUUAUCGGAAGAAACACAAAGCUGAAUUUCAACUUUUAAUUGACCAAAUGAAUAAGCAAAAGAAACAUGCAAGUAAAGGGAAUAUAAAAGAAGAACCACAAGAGAAAGAAACAACUACUGAAGAACUAUCUAUAGAGAUUGGAGAAAAAAUGUGUGUUGAAGAAGAACAAACACACUGGGCCCCCAUUACAGAUCACUCACCCAAAACAGCAAGUCUAGACUGUGACAGAAGCCAACGCCUGAAUUUGCCUGAUGUUGGAGGAAUGCCUUCUGCUUCUUCUUUUCAGUCCUCUGGAUCCUCAGUCAGCUCAAGUUCAGACAUCAUAAGAGAUUUGGAAAUUGCUGGGAUGUGUUCAGACUCAUCGGAUAACAACAGUCUCCCAGAUAAGAAAACCACCAAGCAAAAAUCACGACACUUCAGAAGCAGCAGCCCAGUCUUUCCCCAGAGUAAGCGAAGGAAAAAAUAGCUAAAGUAUAAACUACUAUAUUGUGUGAUGGAAAUUUCUAAGCUCUUUUUCCUUCCUCGAACUCUUUGGUUUUAAGCAUUCCCUUUUCUAAAUGUAUUUAAUUGAAAAUAAGUUUCAUUGCUAGCAGUGAAAAUUACUCCUAGCAAAACAUGUGUUUUUUUUAUUUAAAGCACUGGAACAAAUGCAUCUGUAUUGUAUAAAAUAUUUAAAUAUUUAAAUCAUUCCUAUUAAAGUUGUUUUCAAACAAUAUUGGUACUAUUUUAGAUUUUGGAACAGGCAAGGGCAAACUUCAAUUCUCCAGGUCCUUUGGAUUUCAACUACCACAAUUCCUAACAGCCGGUAAGCUGGCUGGGAUUUCUGGGAGUUGUAGUCCAAAACACCCGGAGUGCUGAAGUUUGCAUAUGUCUAUUUUAGAACGUGUUAGUCUAGUCAAUGGUUCUCAGCCUGUGGGUCCCCAGAUGUUUUGGCCUUCAGUUUCCAGAAAUCCUAACAGCUGGUAAUCUGGCUGGGAUUUCUGGGAGUUGUAGGCCUAAAUACCUGGGGACCCACAGGUUGAGAACCACUAGCUAGUAACCCCCCCCCCCCCCAAUUGCUUUUCAUUUGCCUCCCUUCCAGGCAUCACUGCUUUUGAUGCCUCAUAGUGAUGGUGUUAGCCACUGACUAUAUAUUUAGGCUGAUAGCUUACUGAGGAAGCCUUUAUGGGUGGACCAUUACUUUAUUUUACACACUAACAAAAUCUAUCCUAUUUACAAAGAAUUUUAAGGGAGGAAAAAUGUAGCUCAUGUAUAGAGGUAGUGUCACUUUGCAGGCCUUCUGUUCCACCUGCAGUAAAAUGCAUUCUCAAAACACAUCUGCAUGCUUCCUGUUUUAUUCUUAAAAUGGCUUGACCUUCAUAAGCUCAUUGGAAAAUAUUGUGUAUUCUUAGGAAAUAGAAUAAUUCAAUGAUGGUAAAUGAAAUUAUCCCAGUGUCUUGUAAGUAUUUUAAAAUACUGACAGUAAGGAUUUUGUCCAGUUGCCUAAGGAUGGGCAACUGUAGGGGUUGACUGGGGACUCUGAAGGGUUAAAUGCCCUCAUUGCCACCCCACUGUGGCUCGGUCCCCUUGAAUUUUCAAAAAGGUCAGCAGUAUCCCCAAACCAACAAGGUCACGACUGGUCACUUUACAUUUUCAUGCUUGAGAAGAUAAACCCUCAAUUAGCUUUUCUAUCCAAUAGAUCACUCUUUCCCUUGCUGUGUUAACCUAAACACCAUCAAAAUCUGUUUGAUGAAUGAAUAACAAAAGAAUUCACCUACUCAUAUGUUUAUAUUUCACCCUCAGAGUUAAUUUUUUUUGUCUAAAUCCUUGUCUUCUAAUGCAGGUUAUAUUAAUGUAAAUUACACAAGCUCAAAUCCACUCAAUAGUCCCAACAACAGUAAAUCCACUGACUGGAGGAAUUUACUAAGCCAGUUCUAUCAAUACAGUAAGCCGCACCUAAUUGAAACCAAAGUAAUAAUAGUAGUUUCUGCUUCUAACAUUUUGACAUGGUUGGAAAUAUUGUUGGGUUUAUUCCUAUUCAUUAUUCUCCUAUCACUAAUUAAUAAUGUAUUGUGUUUUACUAUUUCACAUGAUAUGGCAUCAUGUAAGCUCAAAGGCCCACCAAUUGCAUAAAAAAGGCUUUUGGGCAGAGCAUGUCUCUCAUCACUUUCUUCAGCUUCAAGUUACAGUGGCAGAUGGAGGGAUGGGUAGAAGUUAAAAUGCUUCCCUUCCUGUGCAGCUUGGACUCAGAAUUGAGCCUUGAUCUCCUCUUGCCAUGGCAGAUUACCAAA